AUGGAGGCACUGGGGGGACGAAAGGUUUUUGACGGACAGAGCCAGCAAGCGGAUCAGGUACAACCACGAGAGAAGGGAAAAACGCGCUCUGGGGAGCUUUAUGCCGCCCCCAUAACAAGGUCAUUCUGGCAGGAAGCUAACGAAAUUCGGGCGCGAAUUGAAGCCUGCCCAGUACACAUGAGCAACGUGACGGCCUUCGCGUCUGCUCUGGCAGCGAAUGUCUGCGUUGCCGUGGAUUCUUCAAUGGCGUUUUGCUUUGUGAAAGAUGUUGAGACGGAGCAGCUCUUGGGGGCUUAUGCGUCACGUCAUUGCUGCUUUCCACAUCCGGAUUGUCCUCCAUCUGAAACGCAAAAUAGCAGCUGCGAAUGCUCACAUGCUACCUCUCAGUCCAGGAUGGCAUCAUGUGUGCAAAGGUCAUCGAUGUGCGCUUCUCCUGAAGAUACCGCACACCUGCGAAACUGCUGCAGUUUCCUCACCAGAGAGCCCGGGAAGUGUCAUUUGGGCAGCGGAACUGUUCAUAGUGGAGGACCUACCUUGUGGGGCCUGAGCCCACAUGCAUUAUCCUUCUUUUCUGCUCUCCUUGCCCAAGAUGCCAGAGCAAGUAACUCUUGUUUGUCUCAUGAAGAGCAGCAACAAGAUCAAGGUGCAGCAUCACGAGACUUGCGUUCAAAUUCAGCGUGCAGUAUGUUGCACCAGCAACAGACCAUUAAGGAGGCCUCUGAGAGUCCUUUCAGUGCGGGGCAGAACAAGCAUCAGGAGAACAGUUUAACCGACACGUUGCGGGAACAAGGUGGUGAAGUUGCUGGAGCUGUAACGGCUUCAUCGACGCCAGAGUUAAUUGUGGUUUCUGCUGAAAGCUUCGUGCAGUAUCUGAUUAACGAUCUCAGGAAGGGCUGCCGGGCGUACUGCUACGAGCCAACAACGCAGCAACUGUUUCCUUUUCCAGGGAAAGAACAGCCUGAGACAAACCUGACUGGAGGGCAUCAGGAGUCAUUAUCUCUGAGGGAGGCGGAGAGAUUUCUUGUUGCUUGCCGUAUUGAAGAUGAAGGAACACGCAAUGCAUGCAGAACCAUGGCGGAAGCCCGUGUAGCUUAUGUGGGGCCGUCCUGUAAAAGAAAUCCUUCUCCACCCACUGUAUUGUCUCAUCAAGAUGCGUGGUCAGAGGGGCCGGUGCUUGCAGCUCGGCGGGCAUCCUCCGAGUCGGUAGAAAACGCGGUCGGCGUUUCAAAGACUACCUCGCCUCCUUCACAGCCACCUGGCGUAACGAAGAAGACUCAUACCAGUCGCAGGCCUAGUGGCAUACAGGAUGUUAUCCCUGUGCUGUAUUCUGCUACCCUGGAACGACCAACUGCAGGGAUGGACGAGGACGCGGCACCACGAUGCCAAGCAACUCCAGCCAGCAGCCUUGCGGCGGAACAUGAUCACUCACCUGUCCCGUCAAGCCCACGCAGAGCCCUAAGCACUGACAUUAUGCGCCUGAUAGCUCAACCAGAACUCCGUCAAUCUAUACCUUCUGCGAGGUCAGUCUUAGCCCCUCUGGCGCACACACCGCUAAGUGAGCUACCUUCUGUGGAUGAAAGUGCAGGUGAAACUUCACUGUCAGCGCGGACAUUGCAUUCGUUUCACUCGAACACGACCCUUGGAAUUGUCUUUUCCGUCGACGUCAAAAGGGUUGAUGCACAGCUGUUGUUGGAGGCAGUAGCUGAAGUGUGCGCGCCGACAAUGGCACUCUUGCUUCAGCAGCAGUGGCUUCGCAGAGACAGAUUUAAGCGCUUGCUUCAGCUGGAGCUUCACCGCACAGUAUUCCAGGAAACCUCCAUACCCAUUAGAAUGAUGCAGCGUUUACUUGCUCUGCUGCAUGCGGCUGUUGGAGCUGAGGCUGCCGCCUUUUUCAUUGCGGAUGCACAAAACAGGAACUUCAUUUGUCUUGGAGGCCACAAGAGAGCCACAGGCCUGAGUCUUAGUGGAGACCACUGCCUCUUAGGCGAGGCCACUCGCCAACGCGGGAGGACAGCUAUUUUCAAUUUCCUUCCACAUGGGUUCAACAAGGAAUACGACAUCCGUGCUCGAUUCGAGACCAAACACGCCAUGCUUGUCCCGUUGUUAAACACGCAAGGCCACGUGAAGGCAGUCGUGGUGCUGCUGAAUCGAUCGGAGUGCUCCUGCGAGCGUUUGAACCGGUGGGCAAAGGAAGCGGAAGAGCAGUGUGCCUGCAAAGAGAGUGUACAAAGGCUCGAGCCAUUGGCACUAGCGGGUAACGCCUGGAGCUCUGUUACGGCUCCUUGUGAAAAAUGCAUGAGAAGGAAUGUGAACGAGCUCUCCUAUGGGGAGUUCCUUACAAGACCGCCGGCCUCUCUAGACAUUGACUACUCAAGGCACUUCAUCAGGAUUCACGAAACGUUAAUGCGAGCGGUGCAGUAUGAGAUGCAGCACUGGCUAGGCGGGCAGCUGACAAGCGUUUGCAUGGCAGGCAUGAGCCUUUUGCAGCCCAUGGAGACAAUGGUCUCCUACGUCAUGGGUGGGCAGCAGCGAGGAAGCCGGGGCAGCGCAAAGCCUCUUGGCGCAGUCCUGGAACAGAUUGAAAAUUUCGUUUCGCGUGACAGACGCAUGAAGUUGCUGAGCCUUCGUCGGUCCGCUUCUGUGGCGGUGGCCGAACUGCAAUCUCUGCACGGCGUGGCAGAGGUAGUUGUAACACAAAGGUUGCGGAGUUCCGUAUCUGGUGACCAUAUCAACAAGGCGUUUUGCUCGUCGAACUCGCGUCAAAGAAGUAUUUCAAGGAUUCCAGCCACGCUUCACGAUUUUCCUUCUUUGGACAAAGAAAAGCUGGAAAAGGGACAAACUGUUGGAAUGCCUGGAGAAGAGGAGAAGCGCCUUGACUCUCGUAGCCGAAGCUUUUUUGCCAGUAAUCCUCUGGCGGCGACCACGGGAAUCCCCGCGAAAGAUGAGAGCUUAUUAGAGCAGGAGCUAUCCUUGGAACCUUAUCGCCGUCUAGACCUAGAUGUUUGGCGGCGCACAGCAGACGAAUUGCAACUGUUUUUUUUCCUGGCUCUCGAGGAACUUGGAGUCAUGGUAAAAAGCGAAAAAUCUGGACUGCAGGCGUUUUUCGCCCUCAUACGAGACGCGUACCACACUGACAACCCGUACCACAACUUCUACCACGCAAUGCACGUAGUGCAGAUGUGUUGGCUCUUCUUGACGAAAUACUCCUGCAACGAUUUGCUUACGCUCACGGAGCAGCUUGGGCUUAUGCUUGCAGCUUUGGCGCAUGACGUGGAUCAUCCAGGAGUCAACAACAGCAGCUUGUGUGAGGAACAGCAUCCUCUCGCAAUUAUUUACAAUGAUAAAGCAGUUCUGGAGAACCAUCAUGCGGCCUUCGCAUCUCGCGCCAUGCUGAAACUUGGGCUCUUUUCGCGCAAAACGCAGAACGCCGGGUCGUCUUCUCUCGCGAAAAGUCUGUCGCCGUCAACUGGUGCUUUAUUGGGGAAUGCGAAACAGCACGUCCGGACAUCCCCCGCAUUUGAGACUGCGCCUCAGCCCCAGGAGGGUGCCAUCGACGGUAUAGAUGAUGAGGAGGAUCAUUCUUUUCACCCUUCUUUCGCAGAAAUUCGCAGAGUUGUCACCACCUGCAUUCUUGCUACUGACAUGGAGCUCUUCAGAUAUCAUCACGAGGCGAUGAGGAAAAGAGCUCAGAUGAAACGAACGACGGGGGCGUUUUUAAACAGUGAUGAAGAUCACACGCUACUUGCCACGUGUCUGAUCCACUGCGCAGACAUAAGCAACCCACUACUGCCUGAACGGCGUAAUAUGCAGUGGGCUUCGCUUAUUAUUCAGGAGUUCAAUGCACAGGUUGAAAUGGAGAGGCACAAGGGCCUUCCGGUGACGGUUUUCAUGGAUGCUCGGACAGAGCUGCUAAGGACGCAAUCUCAAAUAGGCUUCCUGUCAUUCGUAGUUCUCGAUCAAUUUCGCGCUCUUUCAGACUUGGUCCCAGGCGCCGAAGAAUUAGUUGUUCAAGGCGAGAAAAAUUUGGAAGACUGGCAAGCGGCAAUGGAUAUUUUACGGGAGGCUGAGCGCAGGGAUGCGUGA